GAGAGAGAGAGAGAGAGAGAGAGGGAGGAAGUUUAGGUGGCAGAUGAGACGUCGUCGCUGAAAGGGGUUGGUUAAGGGUCUUGGUUUAAGACAAGAUCAGAUCAGUUAUGGCUGCCUGUUCUCUUCUCUUCAGACUGCUUUUAGUUCUUCUCACUUUCUCAGAUUCACCAGCCCAAAUCCUUGGUCUCGGAGUUGGAAUCAACUAUGGCCAAAGAGCAAACAAUCUUCCUUCUCCUUCCCGUGUCGCCUACCUCCUCAGAUCCCUCAAUAUUAGCAGAGUAAAACUGUAUGAUGCAGAUCCGAAUGUUCUUGUUGCCUUCUCCAAUACAAAUGUUGAUUUUAUUAUUGGACUCGGGAACGAGUACCUUCAGAACAUGACUGAUCCUGUCAAAGCUCAAAACUGGGUUCUGCAGCGAGUUCAAGCCCACCUCCCUCAGACCAGGAUCACUUGCAUCACUGUGGGGAAUGAGGUCUUCAAAAGCAAUGAUACUCAGCUAUGGUCGAAUCUCCUCCCAGCAAUGCAAACAGUUUACAGGACUCUUGUUGAUCUUGGCCUUGACAAACAAGUAACUGUCACAAGCGCACAUUCUCUUGAUAUCUUAGGUGUCUCCUAUCCUCCUUCGGCAGGGGCUUUUAGGCAAGAUCUUGGAGAAUAUCUACAUGCAAUUUUGAAUUUUCAUGCUCAGGUCAAGUCACCUUUCUUGAUUAAUGCAUAUCCCUAUUUUGCAUACAAAGAUAACCCGAACGAGGUGCCAAUAGACUACGUGCUUUUCCAGCCUAAUCAAGGGACAGUGGAUUCAAUUACCAAUUUGAAAUAUGAUAAUAUGUUGUAUGCUCAAGUUGAUGCUGUUUAUUCAGCUAUCAAAGCAAUGGGGCAUACGGAUAUUGAAGUCAGGGUUUCUGAGACAGGUUGGCCUUCCAAAGGGGAUGAAAAUGAAGUAGGAGCUACAUCAGAGAAUGCAGGAUUGUAUAAUGGCAAUCUGUUGAAAAGAAUAGAACAGAAACAAGGCACACCGGCAAAACCAAAUGUCCCGAUUGACAUAUAUGUUUUUGCACUUUUUAAUGAGAAUUUAAAGGACGGUCCAACAUCAGAGAGAAACUAUGGACUCUACUACCCUGAUGGCACCCCAGUCUAUAACAUUGGAGUGCAGGGUUAUCUUCCCGAGUUGGUAUAUUCAUCAGAUAGCACAAAAUAUGCAUUAUCUGUCUUCGGUCUACUGAUCUUGGUUAUAGCAUACUUAAUCUCCGCCUGAAAUCAUGUGAAUUUGGCUAGUAAGGGAGGGAUGAUCAUAAGGGAAAACAGUAUUGCGGAGACAUUUCAAAUAACAGAGGAAAUUUGAGUGGGCAGGUGGGUUUCAACUUCAUGGACCAUGCCUUUGAAUUAUGGAGAACUUGCAUCAGCAUAGCCAAUGGAUAAGAUUGACAGAUAGACGAAUUUAUUUGACCAUUCAACCUAGUGACCGCCCUAGCUACAUCAAUUUUCGAUCCUUGGUUGGUUGCACAAUCAAACCUGACAAAAGUUGAAAGGCAAUUGUCUGGGAGACAAAGCACUGAUCCAGCGGAGGAGAGCACCAGUUUAUAAACUUUGGAAAAUGAUUAAGUAUUACCAAAAAAAAAAAAAGCCAAAAACAAUUAGUCACUAACAGAUGAUAGUUUAAUUAGAUAUAGAUUCUUUAAACAAAAAAACAUAAUAAAAGGAGAACUUGGUGAAGAUUUUACAGGGCUUCAGUUAGUUUCAUGUUGUUCUCUGGUGUACUACUAGGGGAAAUGGGAUUCUUAGUUUGGAUACUGAAAUAGAUUGUUUUAGUAUUGUUAUAUGACAUUACACCUUUAUAUCUUUUAGUUAAUUUCAGAAUGUUUCUGAUUUUCUUUC